GAGGUUACCAAACGUGCGUGUGUGCGUGUGCGAUCUGCCAUUGCUCUUCAGGCCAACUUGUCGCCUUCCAUCUCCACCCUCCUUUGGGUCUCUGUAGCUGCCCUGCCUGGAUGGAAUCUAUUGUCUCUGCCCGCUCUGUGGUUUUUUCUCAGCCCAGCUGGGGAGUUCUGAGCCGGCCAGUCCCAGCAAGGCACCGGAGAUUCUGCAGCACAGCUACCGCAGCUCCCAGAAGUGGGCUGGCGCCACCCCUUCUCUUUCUAAACUACCUGACUGGGAUGUGGCCAAGCAGAUCCGCUGGCCUGCACAGCACCUUCAGAGAAAGUCGGCUCCUGCGUUGUCACUGUCUGGAAACGUGUACUGGUUUUCAAAUUUGGGACGAGCUGGUGUGAGAGCUGCACGGGAUAAGACUCAGGAGUCCUGUGCUGGAGGCCACAGUUGGUGCCCGGACGCCAUGCCCCAGCCCUCUGGGCCUGACGCUGGCAGGAAGUAGAAGGCCUCUUUGUCUCUCGUGCCCCCAUCCUCACCAUGUCUUCCACUCAGGGCAGUGGGGAGCACUGGAAGUCCCUGGAGUCGGUGGGCAUCAGCCGCAAAGAGCUGGCCGUGGCCGAAGCUCUACAGAUGGAGUGCGAUGCCCUGUCCCGGCUCCGACACGACAAGGAGGAGAGCAGGUCCAAGCAGAACACCGAACAUUCUCUCAUCGACUGGGAUGAGCCUGUCCUAGACUUCUACAGCAAGCCGGCAGGGAGACGGAAGGACCUCAAGCUCUUGCGCGGUCUCUCUGGCUCUGAUCCUACCCUCAAUUACAACUCCAUCUCCCCACAGGAAGAGCCGCCCAACCACUCCACCCCCCAGGGCCCCCAGCCUGGCCCAGGUCCCUGGCCCAAAGGUUCCCUGUCUGGAGACUAUCUCUACAUUUUUGAUGGUUCACACGAGGGGCUCUCUUUGUCCCCAGGACCAGGGGAUAUCGAUGGCUCUUGCAAAAAAUUGUCCCCACCUCCUCUGCCUCCCCGUGUCUCUAUCUGGGACACCCCACCCCUGCCUCCUAGAAAGGGGUGCCCCUCCUCCUCCAAGAUCUCUCAGCCCAAUGACAUCAACACUUUUUCUUUGGUCCGGCAACCACCGGGUAAACUGCUGGGGCAUCAAAUCCUGGAAGAGGAAGCGUUCCCGGGAGGUAGGCACGGGCACAUGGCGGCGCCUGUGGACUUCGAUGGUAUCAACGACGCUAUCACAAGGCUCAAUCUGAAGUCAACCUAUGAUGCAGAGAUGCUAUGGGACACUAGCAGGGGCUGGAAGGAAGGUCAAGGUCCCCUGGACUUUGGCAAGGACACCCCGGGAAAACCUGUGUCGCGGAGCAAAACCAUGCCCCCUCAGGUGCCACCCCGAACUUACAACGCCCGCUACAGCAAUCGGACGAAUGCCACGCCUAGCAAGAACCGCCGGAUCUCUGCUGCUCUGGUGUGCUCCCGGCCCCACGCCGUCACCAACGGCCACGAGUUGUUUGAGGUGUCAGAGGAGAGAGAUGAGGAAGUUGCCGCAUUUUGCCACAUGCUGGAUGUCCUUCGGUCAGGCUCUGACAUCCGAGACUACUCCCUCACUGGCUGUGUCUGGAGUGCUGUCACCCCGAGCCCAGAGCACCUUGGGGAUGAGGUCAACCUGAAGGUGACUGUGUUGUGUAACAGCCUUCGGGAGCCACUCACUUUCACCUGUAACUGUUCCUCCACUGUAGACCUGCUCAUCUACCAGACCUUGUGCUACACCCAUGACGAGCUGAGGGAAGUGGACGUGGCUGACUUUGUACUAAAGCCCUGCGGGCUAGAGGAGUUCCUGCAGAACAAGCACGCCUUGGGCAGCCAUGAGUACAUCCAGUACUGCCGCAAGUUUGACAUCGACAUCCGGCUACAGCUGAUGGAGCAGAAGGCCGCUCGCAGUGACCUGGCCCGGACGGUGAAUGAUGACCAGAGUCCCUCCACCUUGAACUACCUCAUCCAUCUACAAGAGAGGCCAGUCAAACAGACCAUCAGCAGGCAGGCCCUGAGUCUUCUGUUUGACACGUACCACAAUGAGGUGGAUGCCUUCCUGCUGGCUGAUGGGGACUUCCUGCUGAAGGCCGACAGGGUGGUCCAGUCUGUCAAGGCCAUCUGCAACGCCCUGGCUGCUGUGGAAACCCCGGAGAUCACCAGCGCACUCAACCAGCUGCCCCCCUGCCCCUCACGAAUGCAGCCAAAAAUCCAGAAGGAUCCCAGCGUCUUGACUGUGAGGGAAAACCGAGAGAAGGUUGUGGAAGCCCUGACAGCUGCCAUCUUGGACCUGGUGGAGCUGUACUGCAACACGUUCAAUGCAGACUUCCAGACAGCAGUGCCUGGGAGCCACAGGCAUGACCUGGUCCAGGAAGCCUGCCACUUCUCCGGGGCCCUGGCCUUCACCGUCUAUGCCACCCACCGCAUCCCCAUCACCUGGGCUACCAGCUAUGAAGAUUUCUACCUCUCCUGCUCGCUCAGCCACGGUGGCAAGGAGCUGUGCAGCCCCCUGCAGACCCGAAGAGCUCACUUCUCCAAGUACCUGUUCCACCUGAUUAUCUGGGACCAGCAGAUCUGCUUCCCUGUGCAAGUGAACCGGCUGCCCCGGGAGACCCUGCUGUGUGCCACCCUGUAUGCUGUGCCCACCCCUCCGCCUGGGAGUUCUUCGGAGGCCAAUAAGCAGCGGCGGGUGCCCGAGGCCCUGGGCUGGGUCUCCACCCCGCUCUUCAACUUCAGGCAAGUCCUGACCUGUGGCCGGAAGCUUCUGGGCCUGUGGCCAGCGACACAGGAAAACCCCAGCGCUCGCUGGAGUGCACCAAAUUUCCACCAGCCAGACAGCGUCAUCCUGCAGAUUGACUUCCCCACCUCAGCCUUUGACAUCAAGUUCAUCAGCCCCCCUGGAGACAAGUUCAGCCCCCGCUAUGAGUUCGGCAGCCUCCGGGAAGAAGACCAACACAAGCUUAGAGAGAUCAUGCAGAAGGAGUCCCUGUUCUGGCUCACUGAUGCUGACAAGAAGCGCCUGUGGGAGAAGCGGUAUUUCUGCCACUCAGAGGUGAGCUCACUCCCUCUGGUGCUCGCCAGCGCCCCCAGCUGGGAGUGGGCUUGCCUGCCGGACACCUAUGCGCUCCUGAAGCAGUGGGCCCCCAUGAACCACCAGGAUGCCCUGGGGCUCCUGCAUGCCACCUUCCCCGACCAGGAGGUGCGCCGCAUGGCCGUGCAGUGGAUAGGCUCGCUCUCUGAUGCUGAGCUGCUAGACUACUUGCCCCAGCUGGUGCAGGCCCUGAAGUAUGAGUGCUACCUGGACAGCCCUUUGGUGCGCUUCCUCCUGAAGCGAGCCGUCUCUGACCUGAGAGUGACGCACUACUUCUUCUGGUUGCUAAAGGACGGCCUCAAGGACUCUCAGUUCAGCAUCCGAUACCAGUACCUGCUGGCGGCCCUGCUGUGCUGCUGCGGCAAGGGGCUGAGGGAAGAGUUCAACCGCCAGUGCUGGCUUGUCAACACCCUGGCCAAGCUGGCCCAGCAGGUCCGAGAGGCCGCCCCAUCUGCCCGGCAGGGCAUCCUGCGCACGGGCCUGGACGAGGUGAAGCAGUUCUUUGCCCUCAAUGGCUCCUGCCGCCUGCCGCUCAGCCCCAGCCUGCUGGUGAAGGGCAUCGUGUCUAGGGACUGUUCCUACUUCAACUCCAACGCCGUCCCCCUCAAGCUCGCCUUCCAAAAUGUAGACCCGCUGGGUGAGAACGUUCGCGUCAUCUUCAAGUGCGGUGACGACCUUCGCCAGGACAUGCUCACCCUGCAGAUGAUUCGCAUCAUGAGCAAGAUCUGGGUCCAGGAGGGGCUGGACAUGCGCAUGGUCAUUUUCCGCUGCUUCUCCACUGGUCGGGGGAGAGGGAUGGUGGAGAUGAUCCCCAAUGCUGAGACCCUGCGCAAGAUCCAGGUGGAGCACGGGGUGACCGGCUCCUUCAAGGACCGGCCCCUGGCUGACUGGCUGCAGAAGCACAACCCCAGCGAGGACGAGUACGAGAAGGCUGUGGAGAACUUCAUCUAUUCCUGCGCUGGCUGCUGUGUGGCCACGUAUGUUUUGGGUAUCUGUGACCGACAUAAUGACAACAUCAUGCUGAAGACCACCGGCCACAUGUUCCACAUAGAUUUCGGCCGCUUCCUGGGCCAUGCCCAGAUGUUUGGCAAUAUCAAGAGGGACCGUGCCCCCUUUGUCUUCACCUCCGACAUGGCAUAUGUUAUCAACGGGGGUGACAAGCCCUCCAGCCGCUUCCAUGAUUUUGUGGACCUUUGCUGCCAAGCCUACAACCUUAUUCGCAAGCACACCCACCUCUUCCUCAACCUCCUCGGCCUGAUGUUGUCCUGCGGGAUCCCCGAGCUCUCUGACCUGGAGGACCUCAAGUAUGUGUACGAUGCCCUGAGGCCUCAGGACACGGAGGCCAAUGCCACAACCUACUUCACUAGGUUGAUUGAGUCCAGCCUGGGCAGCGUGGCCACAAAGCUCAACUUUUUCAUCCAUAACCUGGCCCAGAUGAAGUUCACAGGCUCGGACGACCGGCUGACUCUUUCCUUCGCCCCUCGAACACACACUCUUAAGAGCUCUGGUCGCAUCUUUGAUGUUUUCCUCUGCCGUCACGAGAGAAUCUUCCAUCCCAAUAAGGGUUAUACAUACGUGGUGAAGGUGAAGCGAGAGAAUGCUCAUGAGGCCAUUUACAUCCAGCGGACGUUUGAGGAGUUCCAGGAAUUACACAACAAACUGCGGCUGCUCUUCCCUUCUUCCCUGCUGCCCAGCUUCCCAAGUCGCUUCGUGAUCAGCCGCUCCCGGGGUGAGGCUGUGGCCGAGCGGCGCAGGGAGGAACUGAACGGCUACAUCUGGCACUUGAUCCACGCAGCCCCAGAGGUGGCCGAGUGUGACCUGGUGUACACCUUCUUCUACCCCCUGCCCCGGGAUGAGAAGGCCGCGGGCACCAGCCCAGCCCCGAAGCCCUCAGAUGGCACCUGGGCCCGUCCCGUGGGGAAGGUGGGAGGGGAGGUGAAGCUGUCGGUCUCCUACAAGAACAACAAGCUCUUCAUCAUGGUGAUGCACAUCCGCGACCUGCAGCUGCUCCAGGAUGGGAAUGACCCUGACCCCUAUGUAAAGAUUUACCUCCUUCCUGACCCUCAGAAAACCACUAAGAGGAAAACCAAAGUGGCCCGGAAAACCUGCAACCCUACCUACAAUGAGAUGCUGGUCUAUGACGGGAUCCCCAAGGGGGACCUGCAGCAGCGGGAGCUGCAGCUGAGCGUGCUGAGCGAGCAGGGCUUCUGGGAGAACGUGCUCCUCGGAGAGGUGCACAUCCGCCUGCGGGAGCUGGACCUGGCCCAGGAGAAGACUGGCUGGUUCGCGCUGGGGUCUCGGAGCCACGGGACGCUGUGAACCCAGCAGAGCCGUGUGCGGCCCAGGACCUCCGGCUGGUGGCCGGAGCUGGGAGAGAGGACUGUCCCGCAAGC